UGAGCCUGGCUGCCCUGGGAGCUUCUCUCUCCGCAAUGAACAGAGCCCUGGCAGGGAAAUGUCUGUUCAGCUGCUGGGACGACCCCAACAACAUCUACUCCUGGGAGAACGAGCCGGUGCCGACCGACAAGCUGGACUUCAGGCAUCACAGCUACAAGGAGAUGAGAAAGGGGAACCAGAGUUCCGCUGCGUGGCCGGGAUGCACGGGAAUGAGGUGCUGAGCCGCGAGCUCCUGCUCAACCUGAUGCAGUACCUGUGCGGCGAGUAUGCUUGGGGCAACCCCCACGUCGUCCGGCUGGUGAGCAAGACCUGCAUCCACCUGCUGCCCUCCAUGAACCCCGACGGCUACAAAACGGCCUACAAGCUGGUAGGGCCUGCACGAGUCCGAGCUGCCCAGGGAGUGGGAGAACAACAAGGAGUCCCUGCUGGUCUUCGUGGAGCAGGUGCGUGUCCUGGCCUAAAGGGAGUGCUCCGGGGCCAGGGCAGUCCCGGAGCCUUGCCUGGCGCUUGCACGUGGAUAUCUAGGGCAGUGCCUCCUGGAGCUUCUCCGUGGAGGUCACGUGGCCCUGUGGGAGCUAGGCAAGGCCCCAGGAGCGGCUGCUCUGGGCAAGGCAGGUUCUGGCUGGGUGCUGGUGCUGAACCUGUCACGGCUCCAAGGCUGGAGAGACAUGGGGCAGGACUUGCCCCCCUGGGAUGGAGGGAGACCCAGUGGUUAGAGUAUGGAACUGGGUGUCACUCAGGACAAAACCCAAUCCCCUACCCCUUGAGCUAAAGGGGAAUCACCAUUAGCUGAUAGCAGUGUAGGGGCAAUGACACACAGAGCAAUUCUGAAUCCAGCCAGCAGAGGGCAAUAUGCACAUGCAUGCACAAGCACAGUUUUUUAAAGGCUAGUCAGAAGAUCAUGGAAGAUCGAGAUGAGAGAGACGUUAGCAAUUAGCUCCCACAGUCCCCAGAUGCAGGGCACAGCAGAUGUUAAUGACAUCACCGGCUGUACGUGGGGCUGCUGUUCCUUCCAGAGGCAGGGCAGCCCCAGAUGCACAGCGCUUCGGUUCGUAGCUGAAACACCCUCUGGACAGAGCCACAAAAACAGUGUCUCAGGCCCUGCCACCACCAGUGCUGGGUUCUUCUAGCAGACGUGAUUGGAGUAACAAGGAACGGCAUAAAGCAGCCUGCUGGUUCCAGCUGAGAUGGGCAAGCGCCUCCCUACCACACCAAGCAGCCUUGGCAGCGCCUUCAGGAGAGCAUGAAGAGACAGCAGGCAGAGCACCCGGCCAUGCCCACCACUGCUCGGCAGGGCUGGUGGGAGGACGGUUCUAAGAAGGGAAGAAUGGGGUUGGAUUAAAGGACAAGAUGGGGAGCCAAGCCCCCUGGGCUGUAUUCCCUGCCGUGCUGCAGCCUUGGGGCCUGACCCCUGCCCCCUUGCAGCAGGUAUAGCGCCCCCACCUGGCCACGCAGGGAGAACAGACUUUGGUGGGGUCUCCUGUUUUAUUUAUAACACAGAAAAUCCCAAUUCUGCGAAUGGUCAUUGAUCUACAGAGCCAUUUGUCACCGUCGCAUCAUCCCCCCUGCAGGGCUCCAGCAAACAGCUCCUCACUCCAGCCCAGAGUCCUGCUUU